CGAGAACUGUCAUUGACAGAAAUGUGCACUUGGCUCAUUUCCGCUGUGCCGGCAGUUACACUUCACUUCAACCAUUAUUAUACAAGUCAACAGAACUUUCCGUAAAGCGCUUGCUCUAACACUGUUAUUCAUCCAGACGCUACAGCUGCAAUACCACCGUGCACAAAGAACUAACACCCGAAUGACGAGCAUUUCUGAAGUCUGCAAUUCCAUUUACGGACUGAACUACUCAAUUACGGAGGCUGUCGCGGCAUUGGGCGAACAGUGUGGGUUCUACAACGAAGCCCGAGAAUUGCAACGAAUCCUUCGGCGAAUACAAGCGUUGGUGUCGACGGUGGAACCGUACCUCAAUGGAGUUCGCGUCUGGAGCAGCCUUCGGGAGGUGGAGGGAACGCUGGUGACGGUUCUCCAGGUCUUAUCAGAGGCGGGCGCAAAAGGCCCACUUGUGUCGUACUUGCAAGCCGACCACACGACAUCACGUUUCUCGGCAGCAGCGGCACAGCUGGACGCGGCGCUCGCGCAAUUACAGGAGGAGGCGUGCAAAGCCUCAACUGCUUCCCUGUCAGGCUCCAACUCUCUCAGCGCUUCUUGUUGCAACUGCAGUGACAUUGCCAGUAAUAGUGAUGAAGCGGCAGACCGGGAUAGCUGCAGCAGCACGCAAAUCAGCAGCAGCAGCAGCAACAGCAGUAGUUCCGGAGCUGGACUUGGGGACAGGCAGCCAGGAAAGGUGCCUGAGGAGGUGCAGGAGGAGCUCCUGGGCGUGCGGGAGCAGCUGCGGAGCACGUGCUUUGACCUACCAGUGGCGCACAGAGCCAACCUGUUGCGUUAUCGCCAUGCGUGCGACAGCUUGCAAGCACACUUCCAAGCCAUGCAGAAGUCCUGUGGUGAAAUGCUGGAGGCCACGGCACAUGCGAGGCAGCUGAGCCAGGAGGACUUUGCAGCUGCCAUUGCCGAGCUCCAGCAGGAAGUGGAGCUGCAGCAACAGCUGCUGCUACUGCUACAAGCGGAGCCCAGCCUCAGCCUCGGCCCUGGCACCCUACCCGACGGCGAGCCGUCUGCCUGCGCCGCGGGCGCCAGCCGCAGUCGCCAGCCGACGCCGCCUCACUCUCCGCUGCCUCACAGUCGGUUACCGGUAAGGCUGACGCAGGUGCAGCAGUGUCGGCGGCAGCAGCACCACCUGCGCAUGCUGAUGGACCUUCUGAGGGCGCAGCAUGUGAAUGUGGAGUGCGAGGCGCCGCUGGAGUUCAUCUGCCCCCUCACGCACCAGGUCAUACAGGACCCGGUGCUCCUGCACGACACGGGGCACAGCUACGAACGCAAGGCCCUGGAGGAGUGGUGGGCUAAGGGGCAUCACUUCUGCCCACGCACAGGUGUGCCCCUCCGCCGCUUGAGCACCAGCCCCAACCACAGCCUGCGCAGUGCCAUCGGGCGGUGGCGGCUGCACAGCGACAUGCACCUCAGCUUCCGCCCUGUCCUCAACACGCUAGCGGCGGAGGCCCGACAGCAGCACAAUGGUGCAGGCCCGCAUCAGAAGCAUGAGCCGCAAAGGGAGGUUGAGACAACAGCAGCCGCAACAGCUAGUAUGCGGCUGCUAGGGGUGCCGACUGAGGCCCCAAAGGGCGAUGGGGUGCAGGUGCAGGCGCAGGGCCUGGCG